CCGGUUGUCCGGCGAUUAAAUGCCAGGGAGAGGGUGAUGACGGUUGUGGGGAUCAGUGGCUCUCAUGUGGUGGUGUUUUUACUGAGUGUUCUGGUGCUUUCUUUAGCUUAUUUGCUGUAUCAGUUGGAGAAUUCUGAUCCAGGACCUCUGCCCAUUUCCAGCAUGUCUAAAGAUAUAAAUACUCUCCGGGAAACAUACAAGACACUAAAUAAGUCUUGCUUCAUUCUUGGAGCUUCAGGAGAGACCGGAAAAGAGCUGCUGAGGGAGAUUGUUCAAAGCCAAAUCUUCACCAAAGUUACACUUAUUGGCCGCAGAAAACUAUCCUCUGAGGAUGCAGCCCAUGAGAAUGUGAUACAGGAAAUUGUAGAUUUUGAGAAGCUUGAUGAAUAUGCAUCUGCCUUCCAAGGUCAUGAUGUAGGAUUCUGCUGCCUGGGAACAACAAGAGGCAAAGCUGGCGUGGAUGGUUUUAUUCGAGUGGAUUAUGAUUACGUAUUAAAGUCCGCCCAACUCGCAAAAGCUGGAGGAUGCACUCACUUUAACUUGGAAUCAGCAAAAGGAGCAAAUAAGGACAGUUCGUUGCUGUAUCCAAAAACUAAGGGUCAGGUGGAAGCUGCAAUUGAAGAGUUGAAUUUUGACAGAUACAGCAUCUUUCGUCCUGCACUUCUGAUGUGUGACAGACAAGAAUCAAGACCAGUGGAAUGGAUGACAAGAAAACUUCUUGUCCCUGUAGCUUACAUGUUUCCAACAGCAAUAACCACCCCUGUCCCAGUGCUUGUAAAGGCCAUGUUGAACAAUGUUUUACUGCCAUCUGACAACAAAAUGGAAUUGUUUCACAAUAAGCAUAUUCACGAGCUUAGUAAACAUGGAGAAACUAAAGUUAAGUAAGAGUACGUUUUCCAGGUUUGAUUUUGUAAGGGCCUCCCAUUUUCCCCACCUUCCACCAACCCUUGAAUUGUUUGCCCCCUUCUUGCUUGGGUCACCCUGGAGUUCUGCCAUCACAUUAGCAGCAUUUUGUUAAUGUUGCUGCCUGAUGCUCCCUGACAAAAAGGUCUGUUCUGUUUUGUCAGGAAGCAUCUGGUUUCUGCUUGCUGCUUCCCAAACGGCAGUGGGGCUGAGACCUGAAAGGCAGCAGGUGAAAGACUCCUGUUGUAUGCUUGUUGUCUUGUCUCACUGUGGUGCGUUGCUUUGUGGCAGUGGUAAGCCAUGUUACCAGAUGCACAUUUAUCUAACUGUCGUGAAGGGAAUUAUUUUAUAGUUACUCCACCUGUUGCAAUUUUACCUGCUUUACACCCAAUUUUACCUCCUUCACACCCAAUCUCAGAUCAGUUAGCAGUCAUUGUUAAGGCUCUUCACUUUCAGUUUUUACCCUUGUUUUGAAUUAAAUAUCAGCUGUAUAAUUAGGUAACAAGAUUAUGUGAAUAACUCAAACAGUAGACAGAAGGUUUUGCGUAAUAUAUUUUCACCAAUACUUGUUUCCACCACUUGCCUGGAAAAUGUAACUCUUUUUAAGGUGUUUUAUUUUAAUAAUGCAAGGAUGACAAGGACAGAAAAGACCAGCAACAGAUAUAUUUAUUUAACUGUCAGCCGUGAUCAGUGGCAGCACGCUUGCCCCUAAGGCAGAAGGUUGUGUUCAAGCCUACUUCACAGACUUGAGCGCUCAAAUCCAGGCUGACCAUCCAGUGCUGGUACUGAGCAAGUGAUGGCUUUCAGAUGAGACAUUAAACCAAAGCCUUGUCUGGUCUCUUGGGUGGACGUAAUAGAUUCCACAGUAUUGUGUGACAAAGAACAGGAGAGUUCUUCCCCAGCACCCUGGUCAAACGUUUAUCCCUCAACCAACAUCACAGACAGAUCAUCUGGUUAUUUAUCUCGUUUUGAGACUUUGUUUCACCCAAAUUGACUGUUGCAUUUUCCUACCUCAAACAAUGACUCACCCUCAAGCUAUUCCAGUUGGCUGCAAAGCACUUUGGGUCAUGGAAGGAGGUAGAUAAAUGCAUUUUAUUUUGCAGCAACCUGGGCAGGUGGCAGGACAUUUUUGUUUGUCAGUCUGGCUUAAAACAGACCUUAACCGAUCCCAGUUUUGGAAUUGUUAUAUACUGAACUUGAUUCCUUCCCUAUGUACUUGUUCAUCUAAAACACAUGACACUAAGUGGUUUCUACAACUUCUUUCAGUCCUUUUACUUUUGUGGUGGGGCGGGGUGGGUGUUAGGGCAAUGGGAGGAGAGAUCUAGAAGACUUGAUUUCCCCUCCUCCUCAUUCCUUAGCUGGUGGGUUGGGCAGAGGAUCUCUUUCAGUCCUUUCUGGUGAGUGAAGUCUCGCUUCUACCUUCUGUGCUCUUGGUAGAUUAACCAGAAUGAGCUCCCUGGGUGGGAAUUUGGAGGCCUGCUUCCCUGUUCUGUUUCUUAAUGUUGUCCUGCUUUGCAUUCAUUCUGAAUUUAGUGCAUUAAUCAUUUUAAGUGCUAAACUUAUGAUCUCAGGAGACGCAUUGUCCUGUUGACGAAAUAAGGUCUCUUUAAUCUGCCUUUGGUUUUGAAUUCUUAUGGUCAAGUUUUGAAGUGAGAAAGCACUUGUGCCUUUGAGACAGGACAAGAGUAUGUCUAUUCAAUUGCAUUGUUGGAGGUCCUGGCUAUCCUAUCUUGCCAAAAGGGAAAAACUCUUUUAGUGUAAACUAUGCUCUGCCUGUGUUUAGAAAUAAUUGGAAAUUAUAGCGUACUAGUGAUUUUCUCCUUGAAGGUGAAGCAGCUUGUUAGAUAUCUGCCACAUUGGAUUUUGAUCAUUGCAAAGCAUAUCAAUGAAAAUAAUGGGCUUUUGUGAUUCGAUAAUAUUUCUUAUUGGCAAUGAAUUGAAAUUAUAAGUGGGUGGCACACAAAAAAAACUCUCCACUUACCAUGUCUAGCAAUCGGCUCAGUUUGCACUGCCUUAACCUUCUAUUGCCAUGAUUUGUUUUCUACUUUGUUCAGAACCUUGGUGGGUUUUGAAUUUUGUUUUGUACUUGUAUAAAUCAUAAAAGACUGCAAAGGUUUACUGAUUUUUGUUUCAUUUUGUAUGCAUCCAAUUUUCAGGAUACUGUAAACACAUUAGAGAAAAUGUGGCUUUUAGCCCAUCGUGGUAACAUUUUCCUAAAGUUUGCUUCGACCUUGUUGUGCUUGCCAUUGUUUCACCAAAUUAGCGACUUAGUCACAAGUCUGUUACCUGUACCUAUAUCAUCCCUGUGGGUAACUAAGGUGCACUUUGAGUCGCACACAUCUACAUCUCAGGUUUUGUGACUUUUUUUAAACUUCGCAUAAAAAUAUCAAUGCAGUGUCACUACAAAACCCUGGCAACUGCUAGGACUGUACGGGUAAAUGAAUUUAAUAGAAACACACUUUAAUUCUAAAACGUGCAGUACUGCUUUCAUUGAGUCAAAAUGCAGUAUUGGAUAAUAGCUGCCCUGCAAGGUUGUGUGGAGUUUUGAAAGUGGGUCAUGAGGGGAUGAGAAGGAAAAAAGAAGAAUGGGAACACCUAUAUCUCCAACUCUCCCAUGAAGCCAAUGGCUAUCUCCAAAUUUGUAUGUUUUAAUGCAAUAAAAUUGCUUGAGGCCAAUCUGGGACUCUUUUGCCUUUAAGUGUCACCCAUGAUUCAAAUGUUAAAGGUGCUUCAGCUGGCAGUUGUAGAAAUUUCUGACUCUUUAUUUUUGCAUUGUAGUGUUUGCAUUAUAUAAGCAAAAAUUAUCUCACGUUGUUGAUCAUAUAUUCCUUACAUUUGUUUGCACAAGAAGCUUCUAUGCGUGAAUGUAAAUCCAAUUUGAAAUUGUUUUCAAAGUUAUUUUCAAUAAAUGCAAAAAUCUUACAUCUAA